AGAGAGAGAGAUGCGAGGGCCUUUGAAUCGGUCACUAAUUGGAUUUUCUUUCCUUCUUAUCUACAAUUGUCAUGUACCUUUGUCUAAAAAACAAUUUGGCUUUUCAACAGUAAAAAAUUAUCUUUUCCUCGUCUUUUCCCACCCCUAUAUCUUCCUCUGUUUCCUCCCAACUUCUUCACUAAGAAAAGCCCUUUCCUUAGUGGUUGCAAACACUCUCUCUUUCUCUCUGCCUCUCUCUCUCUCUCUCUCUCUCUCUCUACCCAUAAUCCCCAAUUCAAAUUCUCACAUUUUAGUCACUUUUUAUCUCAUUUUCAAACCUUAAAACAUAGUGAUCUCACUCACCCACUUGCCAUUUUAUCUACUUCCAUGUUUGCAGCUUCUUCUGUUUCUGGGUUGUCUUCAUUUUCCUCCAUUGUUGUAUCAUUUUCUAGCACUUCAUUUCCCACCAACCAAUCACACAUUGCUACAUCUCCUUCUAAUCUUGAAUUCCCAAUAAUGUACCUACUUGAUAUGAUCUGAAUUCACUUCAAUUUUAGACCUUCACAACUCUCUGCAUCGCCUUCAGCCCGCGAUCCUCUCCAUUCAGGCAAAACAUCUAACAGUUUGUGUGCAAUUUCAAAAUGGAACAAACCAAGGGUUUGAACCAAGGAACUCUGAUCAAUGAGCUAAUCCAAGGUUUAGAGCUAACAAAGCAGCUCAAAAACAAUCUUGACCCUUUAGCAUCAUCACCCGAAUCAUGCGAGUUUUUGAUUCAAAAAAUACUUUCUUCAUACGACAAAGCACUUUCAAUCCUAAAUUUGGAGGAUUCAGUGGGAGAGCUUCAUCAGAUAGGUGGACAUGGUGGUAGCCCAAAAAGUGAGGACUUUAAGGUUCACUGCCACAAAGAUGUCUAUAAGAAGAGAAAGACAUUGCCGCGAUGGACUAAACAAGUGUGCGUUUGCUCGGAAACAGGGGUUGUUCCUCUUGAAGAUGGCUAUAGUUGGAGAAAAUAUGGGCAGAAAGACAUCUUGGGAGCCAAUUUUCCAAGGUCGUAUUAUAGAUGCACUCAUCGUCAUGCACAAGGCUGUUUGGCAACAAGGCUAGUCCAGAAAUCAGAUAAAGACCCUUCAAUCUUUGAGAUAACAUACCGAGGAAGACACACCUGUAUCCAAACAUCUCAGGUAAUCCCGGCCUUGGCUUCAAUUGGAAAUGAAGGUUCAAAACAGAACAGAGAUGAAAAUCAGAGUCAAUCCCAAGAGCUGCUCUUUGAAUUUGGAGCGGGCCAUACAGUUAAAAUUGAGGACCUUGGCCUCACAGAGGAAACCUUUACUUCCUUUUCAUUUCCCUCGACACCAAUUGAAUCUGAAAAUGUUGAAACCAACAUUAUCCUGGAUUCUAUCAAGGAAAAUAAUUUCUUGGGUAGUGAUUCCCGGGCUUUUUUCUCUCCAGAGACAUCCGAAUCCGACCUUUUCUCAGUGUUUCCGUGCCAGAUGGAUGACUUUGGACUGAGUCAGAUACAACAUUCAAAAUCUGAUUUUUCUGAGAUGAUUUCGGCUUUAGUUGCCAACUCUUCGAUUGGGAGCUUGGAUUUCUCACUUAAUCAAGCUGAUUUUGAACCGAAUUUCUCAUUUGACACUUCUGAAUUCUUUGCUUAACAGCAGAGAGAUUCAUCAUCCUACCACAAUACCAAACAAGAAAAUGAAAAUUGAUGGAAAACAAAAAUGGAGUAUCGGCAUAAUUAUCUGAAUUUGUUGAUGAGGGAAUGUCCAUAGAAAUAGUGACUGAAAUAUGAUAUAUGAAGGCCUCCUCUGAUGCUUGGCCAGAGAGGUGAUCUUUACUUUGUUAGUUUGUACUUUGUCGUUGGAGAUAGGAAAUGCGUAAUCUUCUCUGUUUGUAUGUUUUACUUUCUCUUGAAUAGGUCCUUGUUUUUUGCCCGAAGAUUUAGAAUCUCUGUUUUAACAUAUUGGACUGAAGCAUGGUUUUAA